GUUUUAUCUUUAUUGGUUUACAAAUUUAAGCUCUGAUCCUGCUAACAGCUAUGCACAUGUUUACCUAUAUGAGUAACUGUGGAUAAAGAUAAGCAUGUGGGUAACAGUUUGCUUAGGAAUUCUGGACUUAUUUAUCUAAAAGCACAAGACAUUUCUAUCAGAGCAUUCAGGAUUGAUAAGAUUUUUUUUUUAAAAAAAUUCAUAGCUGAUGUAAGUGCAUUCAACUCCAUUUAAGUCUAUGGUGUUAAACCCAGUUAUAUUAGUAUUAACUUCUUAAAAUUUACUUGUAGGUUUUUCUAUAAUGGACAUCACCAUAGUAGCUGAUCACCUUAAAUACAUUAAUGAAUCUAUCCGUACAACCAUCCUGUGAGUAGGGAACUAUUAUCUCUAUCUCCUAUAUAGAGAACUGGGGCACGGAGAAACUAAGUAACUUGCUCCAAGUUGCUCAGGAAGUCUGUGGUGAUGCUGAGAAUAGAACAUAGAUAGCCUGAGUCUAGGUCUAUCCAAUGCCUUAACCCCAUACUGUUUUUUCUUCUUGCCAUCAUUGGCAAAUUUGGUCUAUUUUCUUCUCCUUGAGAGAACUGUUUAGUGUAAAUCCAUCUCCUGGAGAAGAAAAGCGAAGUGAGGGCACAGAGCACUGUAUUAAUUCCAGACAUAAUACAUUAUAGUGGUGCUGAUUAUCACUGAGGUAUUCAAGGAAUUGCUGUCCGUUCCAUUACAUACAGUUUUUCAGGGGAUUGUAUAUUUUUAUAAUAGUUGAUUUUAGGUUAAAUACUAUCUUACAAGGUUUCAGCCUGGAGUUACCCUUUUGAAAUACAAAAAAAAUACCUGUGGGCCAUACCUUUUGAUAAGUAAUCUGAAGACCAAUGAUGGUGAUCAUAAAAAAAAAAUAAUAAUUUUUCGAGACAAUUUUGCAUUAAUAUUUGAGAAGAGUAAGGGAUGAACCAAAGAAACUGGAGCAAACAGCAGUCGUGGAUAUUUUGCUGUAUGGCAGGUCCCAGCUUCAAAAGAGCACAUAGUACAUGAAAUAAUUAUGAGGAGAGAGAGAGACCGCAAUGCUUUGAAGACCCUUUAUAAACAGAGUGGCGAAAGGGAUGAAUGCUUGAUCGAAUGCUCUGGAUUUCUACUGUUUCUGCCCAAUCUCACUAGAGAAUUUGGAUUUGUACAUUUCAGCAUUUCCCUUUUAGUCCCCGCCCUUUCUUUUUAAUGAAGAGUGAUGCCAGUUCCUAUGAGUCUUACUUUGUGGCCUCUUAUCUUUUUAAAAUUGAAACAUGUGACCAAACUUAAAUUUGCCUUUUUCUUUCCCCUAGUCAUAUCACUGCCACCCACAUAAUUCAGUCAGUGCUCUGUCUUUAAGUGAAUAGAUUAUCCCCCAACCUGUUGCUGCUCCUGCUACUACCUUUAUAGAUGCCCAGGAGCCCUUCUGUUUGUGAGCACUCCCCUUGUAAAUGAGCCCUGACACAGAGGUCACUACUCCUUGCUUCAUCCUCCCAUUCUCUUUGGGUGUUUGCUUUUGUGUUUUUUAAAAAGCAGCCUCCAACCAUUCUGCUCUUUCACACUCCCCCUCCCUACACACAGUCUGUGAAAAGAACAAAGCAAACUGCUCUGUUCCCUCCACCCUUCUCCUUAAAAACUAGCUAUGUGUAAGCAAUUUUGUUCCUACCUUCCCCGUCUCCUAAAGGAGCACCAGCACAUAUGCUGCUCUGCAUCUUUUCUGUUCCUUCUAUUCUAGAGAAGGAACCAGUGGCUCCCCAUUUAGCCAACUCAUCUGGUGAACAUUCAACUCAUCCUGGGCAAGUGGGUUUUUCAAGCCCUGUGAUAGUUAACUUGGCAUUAGUAACUCCAUGAGCAAGUUCUCAACCUGAAUUUGGUUUGCUUGAUACAUGUUUAAUUUUUUCAAAGAUUUUAGUGUGAAAUUUUUUCUUCCCUUGUGGUAGAUUGGCUUGACUGUUUCUUAAUUAACACAUGCCAGUUGAGCAUGGGAAGUUAGACUUUGCUGUGAUAAAUGACACCUGAUAAUUGAUGUAAAUAUUUUGCAAGUGUUUUGAAAGAAUAUUUACAAAAAACUUGAAAUAAUCUUUCCUCGUUAACAGGUGUCGGAAGGUUUGUCCUUUCUGCAUAGCAGUGUGAAAAUGGUCCAUGGAAACAUUACUCCUGAAAAUAUAAUUUUGAAUAAAAGUGGAGUAUGGAAAAUUAUGGGAUUUGAUUUUUGUAUUCAGUCAAUAAAUUCAUCUGAACAAGAGCUGAAGUUCCUAUGUAAAGAAUGGGACCCGAACUUGCCAUCUUUGUGUCUUCCAAAUCCUGAGUAUUUGGCACCAGAAUACAUCCUUUCAGUGAGCUGCGAGACUGCCAGUGACAUGUACUCUUUAGGAGCUGUCACGUAUGCAGUAUUUAAUAAAGGGAAACCUAUUUUUGAGAUCAACAAGAAAGAUAUUUAUAAAAGUUUCAGUAGACAGCUGGAUCAGCUUAGUCGCUUAGGCUCCAGUACACUUCAGAAUAUACCAGAGGAAGUACGUGAACAUGUAAAACUACUAUUAAAUGUAGCUCCUGCAGUCAGACCAGAUGCAGAUCAAAUGACAAAGAUACCAUUCUUUGAUGAUGUUGGGGCAAUGACACUCCAAUAUUUUGAUUCUUUAUUCCAAAGGGAUAAUCUUCAGAAAUCACAGUUUUUUAAAGGGCUACCAAAAGUUCUACCAAAACUGCCUAAGCGUGUUAUAGUGCAGCGGAUUUUGCCUUACUUGACUGCAGAAUUUGUGAACCCUGAUAUGGUACCCUUUGUUUUGCCUAAUGUUCUGCUGAUUGCUGAGGAAUGCACCAAAGAAGAGUACAUCAAGCUAAUUCUGCCUGAUCUUGGCCCUGUUUUUAAACAGCAAGAACCAAUCCAGAUUUUGUUGAUUUUCUUGCAAAAAAUGGACUUGCUCCUAACCAAGACUCCACCAGAUGAAAUAAAGAAUAAUGUUCUUCCAAUGGUUUAUAGAGCCUUAGAAGCACCUUCAAUUCAGAUUCAGGAACUUUGCCUUAACAUAAUUCCUACAUUUGCCAACCUAAUAGACUACCCGUCAAUGAAAAAUGCAUUAAUACCAAGAAUUAAAAAUGCAUGUUUGCAAACUUCCUCUCUUGCUGUCCGCGUGAACUCCUUAGUGUGUUUAGGAAAGAUUUUGGAAUAUUUGGAUAAGUGGUUUGUACUUGAUGACAUUCUACCCUUUCUACAACAAAUUCCAUCCAAGGAACCUGCAGUGCUUAUGGGAAUUUUAGGUAUUUACAAAUGUACAUUUACUCAUAAGAAGUUGGGAAUUCCCAAAGAACAACUUGCAGGAAAAGUAUUGCCCCAUCUAAUUCCUCUUAGUAUUGAGAACAAUCUUAAUCUCAAUCAGAGCAUUUCUGGUUUUCUAGCCAGAAUGUCAGCACUCAAAAAAUUUAAUUCCUUCAUUUCUGUCAUAAAAGAUAUGCUUAGUAAAUUGGAGGUUGAACAUAAAACCAAACUUGAACAACUUCAUAUUAUGCAAGAACAGCAAAAAUCUUUGGAUAUAACUAAUCAAAUGAACGUAUCUGAAGAGACAAAAUCUAAUAGUACAGGUAAUCAGAUUGACAAGGUGUUUAACAGUGCUGGAAAUGACGUUCCAACUAGUGGAUCAGAUAGUAAAGAAAAUGGGCUCUCCUCAAAACAGAAAAAGGUAUCACUUACACUUGAAGAGAAACAAAAGUUAGCAAAAGAACAAGAACAGGCACAAAAAUUGAAAAACCAGCAACCACUUAAGCCUCAAUCACAUGCAAUCACAGCUCCAGUCAAACAGACAAAGGAUUUGACAGAUACCUUGAUAGAUAAUAUGUCGUCUUUGACCAACCAUUCCAUCAGCAAACCGAAAGUUGCUUCUUCAAGUAGCUUCUCUUCUGUCCCAUCUAUGACUGUUGGAAUGGGAUUUUUAUCACCUGUUGAGAGCACAAAGCGAAACAUAGCAAAUGGACUAAAUACUAAUAUGGGAUUUCAGACUUCUGGAUUCAGCCUUGGGGCAGGUACUACAAACCAGAAUUUCUUCAGUAGUCCAUCUGCAACUGGAAUGGCCAAGAUGAACAUGGUACCAGCUGCCAACAUGCCAAACUACAGCCCUGUGAGUGCUACAUCUGGAAUUUCACAGCCGACACAACACAACAGAUCCCCAGACCUUUCUGCUUUAGAUAGUCUUUUUGGUCCUCAAAAACCCAAAGUUAGUAUGAACCAAUUGUCACAACAGAAACCAAACCAGUGGCUUACUCAAUUUGUACCCCCUCAAGGUUCCCUGGGUGCAAGCAGUUCUGUUUUGGGACCGCAGAUGAACACUCUAGGACAACCUGGUUUUGGUAUGCAGGGUAAUCCUUUCUUUAACCCUCAGAACUUUGCACAGCCGACAAAUACCAUGACAAACAGCAGCUCAGCUAGCAAUGACUUAAAAGAUCUUUUUGGGUAAAAUGUCUUGCUUUCUUUUUCAAAGAUUGAUACAAUUUGAAUGAUGGGUAAGCUGAUUAACAUCUUUGUAUGACUGAUAAAAAUUUGACUUCGGGAAACUUUCCACCUAGCAAAAUAAAGACUUGCACCAGAAAAAGAUUUUGUUUUCAGGCUGACCUGGUAAUGCAAUAGAAUCUCAUAAUUGUCAAGUUGUCUUAUGUGAUAAAUAAUCUUGGCCCUUUUUCCCCAACUUCAGGGUUUUAAGUCAAUCUGCAUACAUCCAUUCAUAAAAGCAGAAGCUAAGUAUUUCAUAAUUGUUCAGAGAUUUGUUCCGAAUAGCUUUUGGAUUUGUGUAAUUUUACUCCAUAAUUGAACAAAAAUGGUUAUGUUGUAACAAGCUAAUUUAUAUUGUUUAGUGCCCCCAUGAUACGCAAGUCUCCGUUCAGUAUGUGCUAAUUCCUGAUGGGGUGUUGAUUUGGAUAGCCUAAAUUUGGCAUGACCCUGAUUUGUACUAUGACACACUAUGGGAAGAAUCAAUUGUUACAUUGCAUCCAAUUGGCUGGGUUUUUAGCCAUGUUGAAUGCAAAUAUCUCUAAUCAUGUAUAAGAGACUAAGGUUUUGAAGGGAAAUGUUUUGGCUUUCACUUUAUCUUGUUAGAGAGAAAGAAGGAUUAAUACAGCAGUAGUGUUCAACAAGAAUAAAGUGAUAAUGGUGAUCAUUCUAAUUCUCACUAAAACAGAAUGAAGAUUUUUCGGGUGAAAUUGUGAUAUUAACUCUAAGCAAUAUCCAGUCUGGGACACAGAAAAGCACUGCUCCAAUAGUCAUGCUAGAUUAUAACUUGCUUCGUGAUUUUUGAUUCCCAAUUUUCAGCAACAGAGCAAGAGCCAAGUACCAUUGAUGUUAAGACUUUCUAAAUCCUGCUUAAAAUGUGGCAGGUAACUUAGUUAAUCAUGUAUAUUGUAAGUGAAAUAUAUCUGUGUUUUAGUGGCUAAGAUGAUCUGCCUCAAAAUUGGAUAUACUUUGCAUAGUUACAUGGAAACGUUUUGGGUCACUUAAAAUUUUCCAUCUAUAUUAGAGGAUACUGAAAAGGACUGCUCAAAACUAGUGCUGUAUAGUUAUGUGAAAAAACCGUCUGCCAUGAUUGCCUUGAUUUAAAAUGAACAAUUACUCAGAUUUUUUUCUGUCAAACUCUUAUGAAGGACAAAUGCAUAUGAAGUGACUUCUCAAAAGCAAAACUGUAAGUACUAGAAUAUAUUUGGUGACUAGAUAACUAUUUUAAAUCCUUUUAAUGUAUUGCCCCAAAUUUAAUAAAGUUCUCCAGAAAAUUAAGCAGUAGUUUCUUCUACUUCCAAACAGGUAGAUGUUCAGCUUGCCCGUGAUAGAAUCUCUGGUCUGACAGUUUUCUACUGUUUGGUUUUAACUCUUUCUUUCCUAGGAAAUUCAGGAACCUUCUUGUGUAAUAUUUAGAAGACUAUAGCUGACUAUUUUCAGAAGGAAAGAACUAGUUAACUUUUCUUUAUAGAAAACUUGUACUUUAUUUUUCAAAGUCUUUCACUGAUAAUAUUGUUCUUUCAUUUGCUGCUUAAGAAACCAAAGGUCCUUAUGCUGUAAAUGUGACUUGUAUUUUUGUUAAAUUAUAUUUCCACAGUUUUAAGCUGUAAAAACGUUAAAUGUAUCUUUUUAAAAAAACCUGUGUAUUAUAGAUGCUGCCUCAGUCCUUUUGUUUUAAAAUAUCUGGGACCAGUGAAAAAUUUUUUUUUUAAAUGCACAUUGUAUGUGCUGUUGAUAUUUUUGGUAGAUAUUGUAGGUUACAUUGAAUUGGCAGCAUAAUUUAAACGAUGCUAGGACAACUGAACGUUUUCGAUAGAUAUAUGGUUAAUGUACUGUGGAUGAUCCUGAUGUCUUUUUUUUUUAUACGUAAAUGAACCUGCGCAUCUGAUUUCUGAGAGAUAUACUUUAUUAGGGCAAUCUAAGGCAAGACUUUGAAGAUUUACUUGAGUCUGCAUUCUCCUGAAUUAUGUGGAAAAUAAAACAGUGUUAAAAAUGACCACUAUUAAUAUAGUUUAUUGUAAAAUCUGAUAUCCAAGGUAGAGAUGCACUCAAGCCAAAACAUUCUAAUCUGGAUUUUGAGCACUCCCGUUCUCUUGAUCAUCCCACAGAGUUUGGGGGCAUUCAGAUUUAGGAUAUUGGUUCAGCCUAUUAGAGAGAGGACAGUUGCAAAAUUUGGAAUUUUGGGUCCGUGGUUUUAGUUGGGCCAAUCUCCAAUUCAAAGCAUAGGGUAGUUCUUUGUAAACUAUUUUUAUGCCCUGUAAGGUUUAUUUUUGAGAGAGAAAGAUUGUACACAGGUAAUAUACUGGAUAAAUGUUUGUGUCUGGCUUGAAUAAUUUGAAUUUUUUUCUGUGCAGCCCUUUGGUGCAAAAUUUGUUUUCCCUGUGAAAUGAGUCAUAGUUUCCAAAAUCCAGAGUUCUAUGCCUCCGCAGUGCUUCUUGGGCUCUGUAAUAAGAGGAAGUGUUUAUGAAGCUGACUCUGCGAUCUCCUGCUGCUUUUGCUCACUCCAACCCACAAUGACGGGUUGAACUGGACAGUAGUAUAGCAUGCGGUCAAAGUUAAUACUACUGGAUCAGCAAUAACACAUAUAUCUGGAAUCUGCAGAGGUAUUAGGGAAAGGAUGGGGGAGAAAUACAGAGACAAUGUUACAGAAGAGGGUCAGGCCUGCCAUUUUCCUAGUGAAGGAGGGACUUCCAUGGGUUCAGACGCAAGUCGGGAAGAUGGGUCACGCCUAUACUGCCCCUUCUUUAUUUUCUGUAUCUGCUUUUUUUUUCUCCUCUCCAUGCAUUUAGCCCUCAAACAGAAUGGAAAUUCUUUGAAAUCGAUAUUAGCUCUAGGCAAUGUGUAAAAAAUAUUUAUAUUUGUCUCAUCAAAAUAAUCAUCCACUGUAAAAUAAGUGGUGUUACGUUGCCUUGAACAAUUAAUGCAGGUUCUACAUUUCUGCCCUUCACAGUGAAAUGAACUUAAAAAUAUGUGCAAACAUUGCAUACAUCAACUACAUUUGUUUAUGUAACUCCCCAAUCCUGCACUUACAUCUGUGCUAUCAGACCUUCAUUGACUGCAAUAGAGUUCUGAAUGGGUCUGGCUCUUAGUCGAGGAUUGCAGUCCAGGUGUGUUGUAACUCCUUUUGUUAGAAGUGAAAACUGGAGUCAAUAUAUCAAAGCAAAAAGGCGACGAGGGAACAAGUUUCCUUUUGAUUCACUUCACUGCCACUUUUUUAGUGUGAAAGGCAAACUAUAAACACUGGGGAAAUAUAGAUGCAUUUCCUUUGUGUGCAAGCAUUAGUUGUCCUCCUGCUGUUCUCUCAUGCAGUAUAAAUUAAUGACUAUAAUCCUAGUAACAGGCUUCUGGUUCAGACCCUUUUGUACUCUAAAGUCUGGAGAAUACUGUGGAAAAACAAACAAAAUCAGUAAAACAAAUUAGCCUUUUAAAUGGGGCCACAGUAUUUAACAGGACUUGAAGAACCUGCUCGACUAGGGCUGGUAGAAAGUUUUCCUGGGCAAAUGAACUGAAUGGGGGCCAUGAACCUGCUGACUCCUUUCCUGGGAGGGAGGGAGUUGAGUAGCUCCUGAGCUGAUAUCUUUUUCAGGAAUCCAAGAGUGGAGGGAGGGAACAGAGCUGCUGCUGCUGCUGCUGCUUUUCCCAUAAGGGUGGGAGAUAUGGAGUGGAGCCAUCUAUGUGGAAGACCAAGGACCUCUUGUAUAUGCAGAAGGGUAGUAGCAUCAGAGGAGCCUUGCAAAAAGGUACUGAGCAUCCAUUAUUGAAAAGGAGGGCAAAUUUAACUGGGGGAGUGGGUAGGGUAUCUGUUUACUAUUGGGGGCAUAGCUGGCUGUUGUGAGGGAGGGAAGAUGUGGUAAUGUGAACAAAACAGGUGUGGCCUUGGAGUACCAGGGUCUUGAGGGGUUUGACAGUACAGGUACUUUACACUAAGGCUGAGCAGCUUGGUCUUCGGGCAAAUGGGUGUCAAAUAUUUCAAGCUCUGUAUUGAAACGCUUUUUUUUUUUUUUUUAAAGUCUUGUCUUCCUAGCGACCUACAUUGUUGUGACACAUUACUAUUUUGCAACUUUCUUAAAUACUGCAUUUGUCUUUUUAAGUAA